ACAAAGCUUUUAGUUGAAGUCUUUAUUUCUCGGUCUCUGUUUCUAGUCGGACGUAUGAGAGAACGGAAACUAAACAGCCACGUAGUAAAAUAGGCGAAUCUCGUAGAAAAGAAUUUAAGCCUCUCUUGGACACAGACAACYCUCCCAUGUAGCCUGCCUCCUCUGAAGAUGGAUUUAUAAGUUUUCAUWGGAAAAGGACCAGCAGCAGAGUGUCUGUUCCUCCUCUUAAUGGAAGUCGACACUGUUCAACCUGAGACAGCUCAGAUGGAGGCCAGYGCUCACCACGACCAGGUUAUAAAAUGCAAAGAGGAUCAAGUCUCCACUUCAGAAUGCGAUGCAAGCUUGAAACAAGGGCUGGAGAACACACGGAAAACCAAGGACAUUCACAAUGGCCCUCUCACUUCAGACGUGAUGCCAAAUGGGAACGGACUAGCAGAUGGAUUCAGUAACGCGGGGGACACCCUUAUAAAUGGGCCCCUGACUCCGACAGUCCCUCCCCAGAGCACCAGCUCCCCCAUCGACUCGCAGAGCCAAGAGUCGUCCCCAGGUGUGGCUGCUUAUCCACCCACGGUGGUAGAGAAGUCUGAGAAGGCUAGUGCUGAGGUCACGGUUCACAAGAGCGAUGCUUUGCAGUCACUCAGACUCAGUAUGCCUAUGCAGGAGACUGAAUUGUCCAAUCAGAAGCCGUCGAUGGAGAUGGAAAACGAAGAGAAGAUUCGCCUGGAGGCUCGCCGACGUCUGGAGGAGCAACUUAAACAGUACAGGGUGCAGAGACACAAGGAGCGAUCUCAUCGCACCUCUGCCAAGAACCGACCAUUCAGUACUUUGGACCCAGAACUYAUGCUCCAUCCUGAGGCCCUUCCCCGUGCUAACACUGUUGCCAUGACCAAGGAGUAUUCUUUCCUCAGGACCAGUGUUCCACGAGGCCCCAAACUGGGAAGCCUGGGAAUUCCACCCCCUAAAGAGAAGAAGUCCAGGUCACCUCGCCCCAGUAAGAUUCACUCUUUGGCUGACUACAGAACUCCAGAGAGUGAUGCUGGAAGUGGAGAAAGUGUCAUCAUGGCAGCAGAAAACACCACGGGCUCGCUUCAGUCCACCAUUAGCUCUGUGUCCACGCUGUCUGAAGUCAGUGUCGUGUCAGAGUCCAGCACGGAUUUGAAGGCGAGAGCUUCUUUCCAAGUCAGUGACAACGUGUCAGAAGUGGAUGGCAGUGAGUCAGGAGUGAGGCCAGGGAACGAUGGCAAUGAUAGCGACAGCUCUUCUUAUAGCAGCGUGUCCACCAGGGGAACCUACGGGAUGCUCUCCGCUGCAGUGGAGAGGCAGCGAGGGCCGUACAAUGUGGAGGGAAGGGAGAUUGCCCCAGAGGCCAUGGGUCAGUUCCCGUCUUUACAAGAGGUCCUUCAGGCAGCGAGCGAGGAGCAGCAGCUGCUGGAGAUGGACCAGGAGAGAGAAGGAGCAGCAGAACCUCGAAGCCGCAGAGACAGUUUCUCCAGCAGUGUUUCUUUGGAGAGUUCAGUGAUGGGCCAUGAUGAGAUGCUGCAGGUGCUGAAGGAGAAAAUGAGACUCGAGGGUCAGUUGGAGUCUUUGUCAUCUGAGGCCAGUCAGGCUCUUAAGGAGAAGACAGAGCUUCAGGCCCAGCUUGCUACAGUGAAUGCUCAGCUGCAGGCCAGGAAAGAAGAGGCUCAAGCCAGCCAGGAGAAGCAGAGUGCUCUCACCACGGAGGUCGGCACACUGCGGCAGAACUGCAGCCAUCUAGAAAAGGCCAUGGUGGAGCUUCAGAGCAGCCUGGAGAGCAAGAAUGCCAGUUUGACUUCUCUAAAUAACGACUUGAAGGUUUCUGAAGACCAGUACAACAGGUUGAUGGUGAAAGUGGAGGAGCUGCAAAACUCUGUAACAUCGAGGGACGUUACAGUUCAUGAGUUGCGUCAGCAGAUGGGUGGCCUUCAGAGUCAGCUUCAGCAAGUGCAGCUGGAGCGUAGCACCUUACAGAGCCGACUAAAGACCUCUCAGGCUGAGAUUGACUCGCUCCAGCAGGUCCGACAGUGGUACCAGCAGCAGCUAGCUCUGGCCCAGGAGGCAAGAGUGCGACUGCAAAGCGAGAUGGCUAACAUGCAGGCUGGACAGAUGAGCCAGAUUGGUGUUAUGGAGCAUCUGAAGCUGGAAAAUGUGACUCUGUCUCAUCAACUCACUGAGACCCAACAUCGCUCCAUCAAAGAAAAAGAGCGCAUUGCUGUACAGCUGCAGAGCAUUGAGGCAGACAUGCUGACCCAAGAAGCUGCUUACAAGCAGAUUCAGGAUGCCAAGAGUAUGGUGGAGGAAGAUCUGCAGCAUAAACUGGAGGAGUUUGAAGACGAGCGAGAUCGCUUGGCAAAAUUAGCCAACACAGCCAGCACCCUGGAGAGGGAGCUGGAGCAGGUGAAGUUGACACUUUCCCAAAAAGACGUACAACUGCAGUCACUUCAAAAAGAACACCUGGAGCUGAUGCGCCAGCUGACAGCAACUCAGGAGAGCCUACAGACCAAAGAGCAGUCCAUCAACCAGCUGGAGGCCAGGUACCUGGAGCUGGAGGCUCAGCUGGCUGAGCUGCAGGCAGAAACCAGCACUAAGGAUGACAACAUCCAGUUCCUCCAGAAUGAGAAAAUAGUCCUGGAGGUUGCACUGCAGGCAGCCCGGGCUGAGAAGAGCCAACUCGAUGAGGGUGCUGAGCGACUGGGAGAAGAUGUGUUGGUGGCCUCAGACGUGUUGGAUCAGCUCAGACAAGAAGUCCAAGUCAAAGCCAGUCAGGUUGAAACUCUACAACAAGAAAACAACACACUGAAGAAACAAGCUCAGAAGUUAAAGGAGCAGUUUCUGCAGCAAAAGGUGAUGGUGGAAGCCUACCGCCGGGAUGCCAGCUCCAAAGACCAGCUGAUUAAUGAGCUGAAGUCCACCAAAAAGCGUCUGUUGGCGGAGGUGAAGGACCUGAAGCAGGAGGUGCUGGGCGCCCAGGACGAGAAACAGAAGGCCGAGCUGGAGCAGGCUCGCUUGCAGAAGGAGGUCGCGAGAGUCCAGGAGCAAAUCAGUAACAUGGAGGCCCAUCUUCAAGCCAUUCAGACAGAAAGGGAUCAACUAGAAACCCAGAUUCAGUCUCUGCAGUUCGAUCAGAGCCAGCUCGCAGCAGUGACUCAAGAGAACGAGGGCCUGAGGAAACAGGUGGAGCAAAUGGAGGGCGAAGCCAAAAAGGCCAUUUCAGAACAGAAGGUCCGCAUGAAGAGACUGGGAACAGAUCUGACCAGCGCUCAGAAGGAGAUGAAAGCCAAACACAAAGCCUACGAGAACGCUGUGGGCAUUUUAAGCAGAAGGCUCCAAGAGGCUCUGACUGACAAGGAGACGGCGGAGGCAGAGCUGGUUAAACUCAGGGCCCAGGUUUCAGAUGGAGGAAACAGCCAGGUCUUACAGAUCAGAGCUUUAUCUUCAAUCCAGGAGAAAAUUAAGGCUCUACAAGCUGAGCUGCUGGCAGUGACAAAAAGUAAGAUGAUGCUCGAAAAGGAGCUGCAGGAAGUGAUCACCAUCACGUCCACAGAGCUCGAAGAGUAUCAGGAGAAGGUUCUGGAGCUUGAGGAUGAGCUUCAAGAGUCACGCUGUUUCAAGAAGAGGAUCAGGAAAUUAGAAGAUGCCAACAAGAAGUUAGCACUUGAGCUGGAACAUGAAAAAGGAAAACUGGCAGGAUUAAAUCAGUCCCACAAUGCACUGCGAGAACAUACUAACAUUUUGGAGUCGGCCUUAGCGAAGAGGGAGGCAGAUCUGGUCCAGCUCAACUUGCAGGUUCAAGCAGUUCUUAAACGGAAAGAGGAGGAAGAUCAGCAAAUGAAGCAGUUGGUUCAAACUCUACAGCUUGCUUUGGAGAAAGAGAAAACCAAAGUCAACGACCUGAAAGACCAGGUGGCAGCAGCUAAGGCUGAGGCAGCUCACAACAGACGGCACUACAGGGCAGCCAUGCUGGAGCUGUCAGAGAUUAAGAAGGACUUGCAGACCAAAGAAGACCUCAUUAAAGCUCUGCGGAGUGAGGCUCAAAAACUUCAGGCUCAGGAAGACCAACAUGCUCAGGAUGUUUCCAGGUUCCAAGAGGAGCUUGCUGAGGCUCACGGUCAGCUCCAGAUCCUCCAGAAACAACUCGAUGAGGAGCUGGCUAAGCAGCCUCUCACAAACCAAGAGGUUGAAGACCUGAAGUGGGAGGUGGAGCAGAGGCAGAGGGAGGUUGAAGCUCAGAAGCAGCAUCUGGAGAUGAUGGAACAGUGCCACCACAGGGAGUUGGACAACUUGCAGACAGCUCUGCAGAACAUAAAGGUGGAGCUGGAGACGGUGCAAGAAGAGCUGAGCAGCACCAGAAAGGACAAGUUUAUGCUGCAGGCCAAAGUGGGUGAGCUGAGAAACAGCAUGAAGACGGUUCUGCUGCAGAACCAGCAGCUCAAACAGGACCUGAAACAGACUCGUCUGAGGAAGCAGCGCAUGGAGCUGAAAAGUGAAGGGAACCCAUCCAAUCCAGUGACACCAGUUAAGAUUCCAGACUGCCCAGUGCCCGCCUCACUGCUGGACGAGUUGCUGAAACCUUCAACAUCRGUCAACAAGGAACCCCUCAACAACCUGCACAACUGUCUACGGCAACUCAAGGAGGAGAUGGACAGCCUUCARAAGCAGAUGGAGGAGCACACAGUAACAGUACAUGAAUCAAUGAACUCAUGGACAAACACAGCAGAGGGACUGGCUCAACUCGGGCUUCAAAACGACAUCUCCAGUUCACCAGCAGUGGUAAACAACACUGAGGUGGAAAAUAACAAUGAAUCUGAACAGCAGCAAUCCUAACUAAAGAACUUAACUCAGGCCAUUAGAGGAAAAAGUGGAGUUUUAUCCACAACGGCACCUUUAAGCCCCAUAUUCUUUCUCUUUUCUCUACAUUUGCUGCCAACAUUUGGCAUUUCUCAACUUCGCACAGACGUGCUUUUGCAGAGUAAUACUUUAUAUACCAUAGCUUUAUUUUGUUUUCUUUGUUGUUUGUAUUUAUGUUAAGCUCCUGUCACUUUUAUUUAUUACAGCCUCUCCAAGGGAAUCCCUCAUAUGUAGCUUUGCUAUAAAAGUGUAGAAGUUCAGAUUAAUCUGCCGAGCCAGUUUACCUAAUAGAUGAGCAGUUUCCUACACUAAACUGUAGUCCUCCUUCUCAUACUGAUAAAAAGUAGCAUAAAUGCUACUUAAUGAUAACCUCCAUUAUUAUGACAAGUGUUUUUGCUGACUGAAACUACAACCCGUUCUUCCAUUUAAUUGUGCCUGUUUGCUUGUUAAUGCCACCCUUCUGUUUUACGUAAACGGGUAGGCAUCCGWAUGGUUUCUAAACAGUUCGUAAAGAAGUUGUAUUACUCCUGUUCAUGAAUUAAGAAGUAAUGCAGUUAUGCAUACAUAUUUUGGAUUGCCUUUUAUUAAAAUGCAGUCUUUAUKUUAGAACAUUACAUAAUCAUAUCACCUUGGGUUUUAAACUGUAAUCCUGGUUAUUUGUCCAGCAUGGACUGCAGUAAUUUGAAUGCAAAAAGCCUUAAGCAAUCUUUGAUAUGCUGUCAAUGACUACGUUGGUUUGAAUGUUUUUGUUUCUGGUAAGGUUGUGUGCAAGUUGUAAUAUCUUGUAUAUUUUGAGGGAAAUCCUUACUGAAGAACUGUUUAUUGUAAGUAAAACACAUGAAAUGACAUUGCACACUAGAUAAUCAAAACUGRACUGACAAAGCAAGCUAAAAAAGUUACAAUUUCUAUUAACAAGAAGUGUAUUGUGUGCAUUGGUACUGACUAUAUUUACAAAAUAAGACAUUGAAUUCAAAAAUUCAUCUGGUGUUGAAUUGUUUUUGGGGUUAUUGUGUUUUCAGAUGUUAAUAUAUUAAAUAUGUCUCUUUUCUAUAAUUGUAAAUCAGUCAUAUUUGUUUGAUAUAGCAAAGGUGGUAAAAUAAGAGUUUCCAUAACCAGAUGUAAUAAAUCUGCUACAGCUCCAGAUAGACCUGAGUGUAAAAAUGAACAUUACAUGAUUUGUUUCUGCAUGCAACUGUGCUGCAGCCCUUGUAUUUCCCAAAUAUUUUUGUCCCGCUACCACUGUAUGCUUGUGACUUUUCCAAGGGACAAUAAAUGCAAAGAGAACUGUUUGAAAGUAAAAUAAAAAAAUGAGUUCAUA